AUGGCUGCUACAAAUGGACAUUCAAGAGUACUCAAACCUGGAGUUUGGGCACCUAUGCCAACUUUCUUCGACGAAGAUGAGAACCUCGACCUCGACACAUACAGAAAACACGUGGUCAAGCUUGCCAAAGUAGGUAUGCAACCUGUCGUUUGUGGGUCAAUGGGUGAAGCUUUCCAUCUUACCGAUGAUGAAAGAUUCACCCUUUUCAAAGAGACUAGAAAAGCUUUAGAUGAAGCUGGUUUACACGAUACUGUUAUCAUCGCCGGAACUGGUGGUAACUCUACUCGACAGACUAUUCGACUUUCCAAGCUCGCCGCUGAAGCCGGUGCCGAUGUCGUGAUCGUCAUCCCCCCUGGAUACUACGCUGGUGCCCUUCAAAAGCCUGCUCUCAAGCAAUUCUUCAUGGAUGUUCAAGCCGCUUCACCUAUACCAGUGAUGAUCUACAACUUCCCCGGCGCUGCAGGUGGUAUCGACAUGGACUCCGAUCUGAUCAAUUCCAUCGCGUUGGAAGGAUCCAAUAUCUGUGGUGUCAAACUCACUUGCGGAGCAGUUGGUAAACUUACCAGAAUCACAGGUAAAACAGCUGUGUCAAGUUUCUCAAAACACCCUAGAAAAUCAAGUGUCGCACCAGAGUUCUUGACUUUGGGAGGAUUCGCAGAUUUCAUGGCUCCCGCUGUAUUAGGUGGUAAAGGUCAUGGAGCAAUUAUGGGUCUAGGUAACAUUUAUCCAAGAUCAUUAGUCAGAUUAUUCGAAUUAUGUUGGAAAGUCUCAACGGACGAAAACCCUUCCAAAUCAGAUAUUCAAAAAGCGAUUGAUUUGCAAGACUUGGUUUCUGAAGCAGACGCUUCGUUCACAAGAGGUGGUAUUGCAGGAACAAAAUACUUCUUAGAGAAAAAUUCAGGUCAUCCAGGUAGAAGAAUGAGAAGACCCAUUUUAGAUUACACCGACGAACAAGGUUCGUCUUUGGAAAAAGAAGACGGUGUAACUGGUCUAUUGGCUUUCGAGAAAUCUUUGGAGAAAGGUCAAUAA